GAGCUGCGGUUUUUAGCUUAUGUAUGGAUAGGCCCAAGGCGCUGUUAGUGGCUCUCUAGCCGGCGUCUCCCCUGCUCACAUUGCACUACAAUUCCCAGCAUUCCUUGCCAGCGGUACGAGGGGGUGCUCGGAGUUUGUUUACUCGGCUACCUGGGGCACAGCCUGGAGGCUGGGGUAGGCAGUAGUAGUUACUUGACUGCACAUUACAACUGUUCCUGCCAUGUUAUGUGACAUUGGAGCUGCAGGGAGCAGUAGUAGUGCGGCUGCUGCUCUUGCUAAAGAUGCUGAUCGAUGUGUAACCCAGAAGUAACGGACUGAUUUCUCAUCGCAGGUCUUAAACUUAUUGGUGGGGGGCGUUUGUCCAGAAUUUAGAGGACCCGUCCGCCCCCCACCAUGGGCAACGCGGCUACCACAAAGAAGGGUGGCGAGAUUGAAAGUGUGAAAGAAUUUCUGGCAAAAGCAAAAGAAGAUUUUCUGAAAAAAUGGGAGAGUCCAGCACAGAACACAGCAAAUCUGGACCAGUUUGAGCGAAUGAAAACUCUUGGCACCGGGUCGUUUGGGCGCGUAAUGCUGGUCAGGCACAAAGAAAAUGGCAGUCACUUUGCUAUGAAAAUCUUGGACAAGCAGAAGGUGGUGAAGUUGAAGCAGAUUGAGCACACGUUGAAUGAGAAACGGAUACUGCAGGCUGUGAAUUUCCCAUUCCUUGUGCGGCUGGAGUAUUCGUUUAAGGAUAACACCAAUCUGUAUAUGGUCAUGGAGUAUGUAGCCGGCGGGGAGAUGUUCUCUCAUUUGCGCAGAAUCGGGCGCUUCAGUGAACCUCAUGCACGCUUCUAUGCAUCCCAGAUUGUAUUAACUUUCGAAUAUCUACACGCCCUGGAUCUUAUAUACAGAGACUUGAAGCCAGAGAAUCUUCUCAUAGACCAGCAGGGGUAUAUCCAGGUGACAGAUUUUGGAUUUGCAAAGAGAGUGAAAGGGAGGACCUGGACCCUGUGUGGGACACCAGAAUACCUUGCGCCAGAAAUAAUCCUUAGCAAGGGUUAUAAUAAGGCAGUGGAUUGGUGGGCCCUAGGAGUCCUGAUUUAUGAGAUGGCUGCUGGGUAUCCUCCAUUUUUCGCUGAUCAGCCCAUUCAGAUCUAUGAAAAAAUAGUAUCGGGGAAGGUCCGGUUCCCCUCUCACUUUAGCUCCGACCUGAAGGAUCUUCUCAGAAAUCUUUUGCAAGUUGAUCUGACUAAGCGUUUUGGGAAUUUGAAGAACGGUGUCACAGACAUCAAGGGACACAAAUGGUUCAGUACAACGGACUGGAUUGCAGUCUACCAGAAAAAGGUGGAAGCUCCCUUCAUCCCUAAAUGUAAGGGUCCUGGAGACACCAGUAAUUUUGACGACUAUGAAGAAGAAGAAAUCAGAGUUUCAAUCACUGAAAAAUGCGCUAAAGAAUUCUCUGACUUUUAAUUUGCACCCGUAAAGGCGGAGCAGUCACCAAACACGCCCAUCAAGCAAGAGAGACCGUUGGAGCAAGCAGCUCUGACAGGCACACAACCACCUCUUCCCUUUCACACUACCCCAUCCCUUCUAAGCUUAUUGGUGGUGUAGCUCAGACAUGGCACCCAUCCUGUUUUAUCCUGGAUCUGGUGGUGCUGGUUCUGAGCACUUUUGUUUCUCUUUCUGUGACAGAUUUGAGGGGCCAAGAAUUUAUUUAAAUGUGACUGGAUCCUCUGGGGUGGAGUCAGAACCUUGGGGGCAGAGCCUCAACCCUCAGAAUGGGCGAUGUAUGGUUUCUUUUUUUUUUUUUUUUAACCAUUUUCUUCGGAGCAAGCCAGCCACUGGUUUUUAUUGAUUAAUUUACAUAGUAUAUAAACAGAGAAACUGUUUUAAUCUAAACAUUUUCCUCCCCCAUCAAUAUUCUUUUUCUUCAUAGCCUAUUGUAGAGGGAUUUUUAAUUUCAAUGUGCCAGUUUUACCCAAAAAUCUCCCUUUUUUGUCUUUACCUGUUUUUUCCAGCAUCUUUGGUGUGGUGUUUCUUGUCCUUAUAUCUCUAAGCAAAUAGCCAACCCUCUGCUUUGAUACUAAAGUUAGAAAUCUGGUGGUUGAUCAGAAAUGCAUUACAUAACACUCUCCGGGCAUCUGCUGUUGGAAUUGUACAAUGGCCUCUCUUAUGCCUUCUAUUCAUCCAGCACAUUUUUCCCUAUACAACUCAGUAUUCACAUUACCUGAACAGGUUUUGUCUGGGUGUCACAUUGUUAGCGGUAGCCAAUGAGACUGACGUGUCACAUGACUACAUCUAAUGGGCACAACAUUCCGUAUUUAUGCUGUGACCGAAUUAUCGCCAUCAUAGUCUCUGGGGUGUUGAAUUUGUGAAGGUGCUUGAUAUUAUACUCCAUUGCAAAAUCUUGGCCUUGGCUUCCUUAUCCAAUCAUUGGCUUUACGAAAUACGAACUCCCCAUCACAUUUAGAGGAGCAGUUUUUAGGAGGCCUUCCGCGCUAACUAGAUGGGACCUGAGAAAACAGUUUCUUCUGUUUAUAUAUGUCAGGGUGCAAAUGACCAUCACAGAUUCACCUAUACCAUGUGACACGUUUGUGAGGAAUUCUGGGUAGAAAGAGGGUUAUUAUUUAAGGCAGCCAACAGGUAUAAAAGAUUGCAAUAGGUGGCUUAUGCAUCCAGUAAAGCAUCGUAAAAGGCAAUAAAUCCUUGUACAGCUUUUAAGAUCAAUAUUGUAGCAAACCAUCGGAUUGGUUACUUUUGGAAGUUCACAAUUGUCUUAUCCAAACACCCCCCCACACACACACACACACACUUGGAGUCAAUCACUGCUUAGUCUGUAGACGGGCUGCUAGAGUCUAAGAGGACCGCCCUUAUCACUGUAAAUCUUACAUCAUGUUUCUCCUUCUGCUUUAGUUUUUAUAUGAAUGGAAUGCUAUUGUAACUUGCACACACUCCAUGCAGGCCAAUGAAUGAAGGGUUUGAUUGGCACGGUGUACACAGAUCAGUAGCGGCUCAUACCCUAAGGCCCUGCUUUUG